GUUGGGUACCAGCAACGAAAAUACAAAUUCUGAUCAAACUGUGAAAGCGUACAAGGGCCUAGGCCACAUUGCCUUUAAUAAUGGUGAUUAUCAAAAAUCAAUCGAAAUAUUCCAGAAGGUACUCGUUCUUAGUGAUCAGUCUAUGGCCAUAUUAUCUGAUGCUAAUUUCUGUAUCGGACAAUCAUACAAAUCUUUAGAAGAUUACGACCAGUGUUUAACAUAUUACACAAAAGCUCUUGCUGAUCGAACUAAUCCAUUGUUACCAACAAGAUACAUAGAAAUUGCACUCAUUUACGAACAUUUAAAUGAUUUUCAAAAAGCGUCAGUUUAUGCAAAACAGGCGCAAGAAUUUUGUCGGAAAGACACACUCCAGUCCGCAUUUAUCUGCGUAGAAGUUGGACUGUAUUUCGUAGAACGUGGUUCAUUUGAUCGUGCUCGACUGAUUUAUGAAAAAUCAUUAGAAAUUACCUUAAAAAAGGCACUUGAAAUAAUAUUGAAAACAAUGCCGAAUAAUCAUUUAUGUUUAGCAUUUACUUAUACAAAUUUGGGGUUAACAUAUAGUGAAAAAAAAGAUUUCGAACAAGCUCGAGAUAAUUAUCAAAAAGCGCUAGAAAUCUAUCAAAAAUGUAAAAAACCGACUUAUUUAUAUAUUGCUGAAUUACAUAAAUACAUCGGUGAGUCGUAUAUUAGCGAAGGUUUACAUCAGAAUGCAUUGAAUCACUAUAAAAUUUUACUACAAAUGCAGUUAUCAUAUUUAUCGCCAACAUUCACAUUAAAACCAAUGCCCGUUUUCGGACACGAUUAUUUUACUUUAUUAUCUAUAACAUAUUCAGAGAUAGGUACACUCUAUCGGGAUGUUGAUAAUUAUGCAGAUGCCCUUAUAUAUUAUAAAUUAGCAUUAGACAGCCGUUUAGCAGCUCAACGAUCGGAUAAAACACUUCUUGGCCGUAAACUGACCGCAUGUCUACCAACAUUAUCGUCGUCGUCAACAACUAAUUACACGAGUACAUGCAUUGCCGAUACUUUUAAGUACAUUAUUACAAUGGAACCAGACGAUACUUGGCUGAUACUAUGCUAUUUAAACAUUGCUACUAGUUCUCAUAGACAAGGUGAUUAUCAGUGUGCAUUAACUAAUUUUGAACAUGCUAUUAAACUUUGUUUAAAAACAGAUAGUCCUUUAGUAGCUCCUGUCUAUAAGUAUAUGGGAUUGGCAUGUAGAGAAAAUGGUAAUUAUAAAGAGGCGCAUAUAUUUUAUAAUACAACAUUGAAAACUCAAGAGACAACGUCAUCCACGACAUGUCCCGAUAUUCCAACAACAUAUAAUCAGCAUGGUUUAGUUUAUCUUGACGAAGGUGAUUAUGUAAAAGCUAAAGAAUAUAUUGAAAAAUCAUAUGAACUACGAAAACAAUCAUCGUUGACUGAUCACCUUGACUUUCGUGCAUCAUACACAAAUUUAUCGCUUCUUCAUUUAAAGCUGGCUAAUUAUAAAUUAGCAUUAGAUUAUUGUCAAAAAGCAUUGGAACUGUGCUCGAUAGCGAACGAUCCGCUUCCGUCUAUAUCCAAUGAUCUACACACAAUGGGCGACAUACUUCUUGCUUUGAAUAAUAUUGAUUCAGCUCUUACUCACUAUAUCAAAGCAUAUCAGAUACGUAACAAGAUAUUUCCGAAUAAUCAUCCGGCUUUGGCAAUAUCAUUCAAUGCUAUAGGAAAUACUUGUAUUAGUAAAGGCGAAUACUUGAAGGCUUUAGAGUAUUUCGAGAAAGCUCUUAAGGUACAAUUAAAUUCGACAUUACCAUGCGAUAAACAUCCGCAAAUUGGUAAAACAUGGUCGAAUAUUGGUGUAGUUUAUUCAGUCAUUGACAAUGAUGAUCAACGAGCUUUAGAGUGUUUCGAAAAAGCAAUUAAUAUUUAUUCAAAAUCGCUGCCAUCUACUCAUCCAGAGUUUAUAUCAGUAAUGCAAAAAAUUUUCGGGAUUAACCCAUAUAUGUAUCCUCAAGUAUUUUCAAUAUAA